GUUGGAUUUUGUUCGCUUCACGCUCUGAUGUCUAAAAGGUUGGAACUCGGAACACUGGAUCAAACUUUUGAAGGGGCUUAACAAAAUUGUACUCUCGAGUCUCGAGGAAAGUGACGCAGACGAGGGAGUUUAUUUGUCAAGCUAAUUAUUUAUUCUUUAUUGUUGUCGUAGUGUUCGUCUCCAACUCCUGAAUCCCCCCUGAAGCAUAUACAACUCUGCUUCAAAGUUCAAACCCAAUUGAUAGCAUCCAUGGCCGCUGCUCGAGCUUUCAUUUCCAAGCACCACUCCCAGUCCGCUCUCUCCCUCUGUAAACGCCUUUUCUCUUCAUCGUCGUCAUCAUAUUCUUCUUCCUCGUCUAUAGCACACGCUCCUCCUUUUCCCGGCUUCAAUCGAGCCAAAAUAUCUUCAAUCCUGCUCUCAGACGCAACUACAGUGACAGCACCGGGCGCAGUUCGAGUUAACCCGGUUCGGUGCAGGGUGGAUUGUUCCGGAAACUGGGCGUACUCGCCAUUGAAGAAGGACCAUGGAGAAGGACAACCUUGCAUGGCACGAUCAUCAACAUCAGUUCAGCUCUGGGCAAUCAUAAAAGGUCUCCAUAAGCUUUUGUGUUUGGGCCACAAAAGUGCUUUUUUCUGCUAUUGGACGCUAAAGGCUAUCUAUUGAAGCUAAAAGGAACCGAUAAAAUUAUCAAC